AUGGCUCUCUCCGGUACUGAGAGAGUCCGACGUUUUCGAGAGAAAAAGAAAGCAGCAGGUUUACACGAAUUAAUAAAACAACAAGAUUGUGAACGUAAACGACUUGCUCGUUCAAAAAUGCCACCAGCUAAAUUAAAAAAAUUACGUGUACGUCAACAAACUAAUCUUCGUAAAUUUCGUUCAAAAUCAAAAUUAAAUCCAACUCGACCAUCACCACCUGAAUCAUCAUUUCGAACGAAACAAUCUAAAUCUAAAGCUUUGAACAGAAUUUUAAAUGCUUUGCCCGCAAACAAAGACAAACAGUUUGAAUUGAUUAAAGAAAUUGCUGCAAAUUUGAACAUUAUCAAAUUGGAAAAAAAAUUUGAACGUAAUCAACAAUCAUUAUCAACAGAUGUAAAACAACAAGUAUAUGAUUUUUAUUUUCGUGAUGACAUAAGUUAUCAAGCACCCGGUAAAAGGGAUUCAAUUACAAUUAGAGAAAAUGGUGAGAAGAAAAAAUUACAAAAACGUUAUUUAUUAUAUUCAUUAAAUGAAGUUUAUCAAUUAUUUGCUGAAGAAAAUCCACAAGUUGUGAUUAGUUGCUCAAGUUUUAAAAAAUUACGACCAUGCAAUGUUUUAUAUAAAUCAGCAACACCACACAAUCUUUGUUUAUGUAUUCACCACGAGAAUAUAUCUCUUCUCUUACAAGCAAUUGAUGAACGUAUUCAUGGCAUUAAAUCGAUUGAUUUGAACUCAUUUAUUAAAUUGCUAGUUUGUGAUGAUAGUCAAGAAUUAUGUAUGUUUAGCAAUUGUAGUCAAUGUUCGAAUAACUUUAAAAUGAAAAUUCAAGAUCAAAUGAUUGAUCCAUUUGUAAUUAUUAAAUGGUCGUUAUGGUCAACAUCAAAAGAAGGUCGAACAGUUAAAAUUGAUUAUGAAGGAACAGUUCAAAAUUGUAUUCAUAUUUUACAAACUAAAAUCAAUCGUUUUUUGUUUCAUGUCUUUAUUAAAAGACAACAAUCGAAUUUUUUUGAAAUGUUGAAGAAAGAUGUUACUGACGAAAAAUGUUUACUUCAAGUCGAUUAUGCCGAAAAUUAUUCUAUUAUCGAACAGAACGAAAUACAAAGUGCUCACUGGAGCCGAAAGCAAUUAUCGAUUUUCACUGCACACGUUUGGUCUCAAUCAAAAACAUAUCCAUUAGUAAUAAUAUCUGAUGAUUCAUCACACGACAAAUACACCGUUGCAAAAUGUCUUGAACAUUUAUUCAAACGUUUAAAAAUAUUAUUACCUUCAAUGAAAGAGUUAAUAAUUUUUAGUGAUGGUAGUGCUUGUCAAUUCAAGCAACGUUUCUUGUUCAAGAAUUUGACGUAUUUGGCUGAUCAAUUUUCUCUAAAGUUAUCAUGGAACUUUUUCGCGAGUCAUCACGGUAAAGGUAAGUAA